AUGAUCCACUACUACCCCCACCCCCACCCACCCACACCCUCAGCAACACCCACACCCUCAACAACACCCACACCCUCAACAACACCCACACCCUCAACAACACCCACACCCUCAACAACACCCACACCCUCAACAACACCCACACCCCCAACAACACCGACACCCUCAACAACACCCACACACUCAACAACACCCACACCCUCAACAACACCGACACCCUCAACAACACCCACACGCUCAACAACACCCACACCCUCAACAACACCCACACCCUCAACAACACCCACACCCUCAACAACACCCACACCCUCAACAACACCGACACCCUCAACAACACCGACUCCCUCAACAACACCGACACCCUCAACAACACCGACACCCUCAACAACACCCACACCCUCAACAACACCCACAUCCUCAACAACACCCACACCCUCAACAACACCCACACCCUCAACAACACCCACACCCUCAACAACACCCACACCCUCAACAACACCCACACCCUCAACAACACCCACACCCUCAACAACACCCACACCCUCAACAACACCCACACCCUCAACAACACCCACACCCUCAACAACACCCACACCCUCAACAACACCCACACCCUCAACAACACCCACACCCUCAGCAACACCCACACCCUCAGCAACACCCACACCCUCCUAG